AUUGCCUUUGUGAUCUUUUCUCGAGAUGCUGUUUUAGCACGUGUAUUUCACCAAGUCUAUCCUCUGCAAUAUUGUGCCCGACCAUGACUGUUUCUCCGAAGCCAGCAAUAUUGCCUCUGCUAACUCACAUCCAGCUAUGCCUGGCGCAUUACUGCGACCUACAUGGACCAACACCUCUCAUGGUCACUGAAGGCCUGCCUGUACCAUGCAGACAAUGCUGUGACGAUACUACUGAGCCAACGCGACCGCAAACCAGUGCUGCAAGUCAUGGCCAACAGACGACCGUUACUGAUACUUUGCGAAAGAUGACGCUUGGAUCCCCACGUAGCUCAUCUACCCCUGUGACUGAUCAAGAAGCCCAGGCACAUCGCGCAUCGAUACUUCGAACGUCAAAACUAGGUCCUGGUACUACUGUUCAGGCCGUCAUGCCAGCACCUCUCACCACAGCCUCGACCGUUCAGACACCACCGCAAAGUCCCCGACAUGCGCCAGAAAACUUCCCUGAGACGAAUGGCAAAGGGGGUUCACGCCGCGACUCAAGUUUUCGUCGAACCUAUGAUGAUUACGUUACGAAACGAGCGAACCCUUGUGACAACUGUGCCUUGACUCUUCCUAAGCGGCAAAACUCAAAAACUGGAAAGGGGGAGAAAGCAAGUACUACAACAGAUUCCAAAUCUGAUCAACGUGGUCCUGUAUUGCGGACGCGCGCUCCAUACGCACGUGUCUAUGGAGGCAGCAGCAGCGAGUUUAGCCCGCCAAACUCAAAUCCGCAUUCCUCGUAUACUUCUGAUACAGAGGAGGAUGUUUUACCUAAAGACAGUGGCAAGCAUUCAAACUUGCAGCGUCGGCCUACUACCUCAACUUCGCAUUCAAGCGUAUCGUCUAAAUCUAGUGUGACACAACAUACACACUACCUAGAUUACACAUCGACUCAUGAGCCAGUAGUCCCUACUACUUACUCCAUAGUUCGAGCCUCUUGUCUGCGAACGCUCUCCUUUGAAACUCUCCCUCGGCGGCCCGAUACUACACAGCAAGGUUCAUCACUCUCGUCGCCACUGCCGCCUCAAUUUACAUCGCCGCCGAUGAAUCAUGCCCCAGGCUACAUCACGGCACCGAAUCCCCAAUCUGCUGCUAAUGGCGGCCCGAUCUUCUUUGGUGAUCCUUUAGCGGGCUAUACAACGGCAUACAUAUUUCGCAUUCCCGAUAUGCAUGCUCGCGGCCGCAAGAGAGUCUAUGCGUUUCUGGCGCUUAGUACGCACCGUGAACGACUCGCCAUGAAGACCUUUAGCUUUAUAUCAGCCGCAUUCCGAGAUUUGGCCAACUGGAUUCAAGAAUUGGCCGAGGCCGAAGCCGAGAGAGAGCGCGAUCGAGAGGAAGCCAGUAGUCCAAUUGCAGCAAUCAAUGCGGCGUAUAGCCGAGGUGGAUUUGGUGGCGAUGGCCCGCGUGAUAGCGGCAUAGGGCUAAACCUUGGAGGCGGGUUCAGUGUAGCGAACCUAGACCGCGAUCGCGAAAGAGACAGGACCAACGACUCGAGCAGCUUCCUGACUGGUGGUGGCCGCAGCGGUUUAAUGCAACGCAUGGGCGGGUCUAUGGGGCCCGGUGGAUUUGCACCCAAAGCCCGCGGGCUCGCAGAGCUCGUAGGCCUCCCCGACUUCUUCAUUGAGCUGCAUUCGCGUUUCGUGCAGCUCUUGCUAGAGCUGGGCGUUGUGCUUUCCUCUUGAACCUCGUCAACCUCGAAUGAUAUGACAUGAGCAACUGAUUCAUAGCGAUAUUCGAUUUGCUAUUCUGCGAGCGGCUAAAGCAACACAGUUUAACGCGUCCGAGUGCGGAGAUGAAGACGUA